AUGGUGGGCAAGGAGUUUAUCAACCUCUUCAAUAGCUUUCACGCUACCUACAACCUCUCCGUUGACGAUUUUGCAGACCGCUUGAAUUUAUUUACCGUCCUCCUGUUUCUUCUUUGCACAAUCCUCAUUUCAGCAAAACAAUAUGUAUUUAACUCAAUCUCCUGUUACAUCCCUGUCCAGCCAUCAGGAAGCGAAUUUAAAAACUACCUUGCUGACUACUGCUGGGUCCAUGGCACAAUCCCACUUCGAUCGCAUGAGCGAAUGCCCACCACAGCUGACGAGUGGAAUUUGUACGACCGACAUCGCAGAAUUACCUACUAUCAGUGGGUGCCGUUUUUGUUGGGACUUCAAUGCAUCAUUUUCUACCUGCCGCAUCUGCUUUGGGAGGUUAUUUGCAACUCUCGUGCGGGUGGUGACGUCUUCACGCUGAUUCAGACUGCCAAAAAGGCGGGCUCUGGGAGCCGCAAUGACCGUAAAAAGGAAGUCCAAAGAGUGGCCGAAUUCCUCGAGGACAUGAUUGAGACCCAUCGAUGCCCACGUCGUGGACGUCGGGCAGCCCUCGUGAACAAGAUUUACAGCAACUGUGGUCUUUGUGUGAUAAGCAAACGCAUGGGAACCUGUCUCGUGUGGUCCUACUUGGCCCUGAAAGUGAUCAUGAUAUUGAACGCGGCCCUGCAACUCCACCUCAUUCAGAUAUUCCUUGGAUUCACGGGGCACUACAUCAUACCUCAGUCAAUGGAUUCAGUAAUGCAGGCGAAAUCUCAUGAUUUAACAGAAAAGAACGAGCAGGGCUAUCUUUUCGGUUGGGCCGUUGUGAGCUACAUUCGUUCGGGUCGGGAGUGGCCAGAAACCCUGCUCUUCCCACGUGUGGCUUACUGUCGUGUGCCAAGCAUCCGUCUAGUUGGUGGUGAAAACGCAUAUACCGCACAAUGUGCCCUCCCAAUCAACAUGCUUAACGAGAAGAUCUACAUUUUCCUUUGGUUCUGGAUUCUCUUCCUCUUGUCAAUGGGUAUCCUAAGUUUCGUCCUAUGGAUCUUUCGCACUGCCAGCCCAUUCCACAGACACCGCUACAUCGCCAGAUACUUACGCGUGUGCAAAUUGGAGGAUGAAAUGAGGAGAAGGAGUGAACCGACAGGCGGGACAACGUCAGUGAAGAACUUUGUGGACGACUACCUCAGGCAGGAUGGGGUCUUCUUGAUCCGAAUGGUGGCGAUCAACGUGGGUCAUGUGAUGGCGACAGACGUCGUCGAGGCGAUUUGGCAAAGUUACCGAGAGAAAGUUGAGGGAUCAACUUCACCACUGACCACCUCCUCCUCCCUAGAUAAGCCAAGCGCCCCUCAAGAAAAGAUUCGCAAGAUUGACGUGGGGUUCGUCUAA